AUGUCUGCCCAAAACUCUACACAUUCUGGUGCAAGUUCUGGGACACCAAGCACAGUCGUCAACAAGAAAAGGAAGAAACGACGGGGUCGUACAUCGAAGAAUGACAGCUCCAAUCAGCGUAUCAUCGACAACGUUGAUGCUCAACCUAAUCUCAGCUUAUUACAAUCACCGGAAGACCGCAUUUCCAACCACACAAUAUCGUCCUCUCUGUCACAGAGAGGAAACUGUGAGCAAGGAGAGCAGUUCAAUUUUUUCGAGCUAGCCGACGCGGUAGAGAGUCCACCAUCAGAUGCCCUAGCUAGCCUUGAUCGGCAGCGGAAGGAAGAAAGUGUACAGCAAGCAUCAAGUUCCCAUCGUACAAAGAAAGGCGAGCAACCAUGCUAUUCGUGGAAGAGCGGAUCCUGUGCCAAAGGCGAGAGAUGUUGGUAUGCUCAUGAUCCUGAAGUGCAAGCAGCUGAAGGGCGGCGCAUAGAGACUGAAAGAAUCAAACUGGAGCUCGAAUUGGAAAGGAGGCAGAAGGAAGAGCUUGCAAUGGAACAUGCGAGAUUGGCUCGCGAAGCUGAGGAACGAAGGGAGCAAGAGGAACGUCGACGAAAGAUAGAAGAAAGGCGCCGUAAAGAAGAACAGGAACGUCAACAGAGGGAAGAGGCAAAGCGACGUUUAGAAGAGGCACGAAGAUGGAGAGAAGAACAGCGCAGAAUAGAGGAGGAAGCAAGGCGACGCCAGGAAGAGAUUCGACAAAGGAGAGAAGAAGAACGACGUCGGCAAGAGGAGGAGCAGCGCAAAAGGGAAGAAGAACAGCGCAAAAGGGCGGAAGAACAACGUCGAAGAGAGGAGGAGGAAGCAAGACAACGGCAGGAAGAGGCUCAGCGGAAGAGAGAGGAACAGCGACGUCGACGAGAGGAAGAGCAGCGUAAAAGGGAAGAAGAACAGCGUCGACGAGAGGAGGAGGCAAGACAACGGCAGGAAGAGGCUCAGCGGAAGAGAGAAGAACAACGACGUCAGCGAGAGGAACAACGGCGUCGUCAAGAGGAAGAACAGCGGCGUAUCGACCAACAGCGUCGUGCCGCCGAUGCCCAGGUCACUAUGCAGCGUGUCGUCCUCGCUAGUUCUAUCGUCACGUUCAGUUCGGGUCUCUCCAUCGAGAACACCAUUACGGGUUUUGAAUCCUGCAAAGUCCGCGUCAAAAAUAUUCCCGGCGAUGCGCGCCAGGAAGAAAUUGCAGCCUUGUUUACUCAACAGGGUCUUGAUAUGUCUGAGUUUCACGUCGUAUCUGUGAAAGACACCCCUGGGAGACGCGGGAAGAAAGAGGCGGAUAUCAUUACGAACGCCGAUGUUGCACAAUCAUUGGCGGUUGGCCUUGAAGGUCUCGAAUUCAGAGACGAGACAUUGGAGUUUGAAGUCGGGAUAUUCAAUGCACCUGGUGCAAUGGGUGCUCUGACACCAAGGGACGAGAAUACGUUGACAAUCUCGUGCCGCGCACCUUCCGCCCGUUAUGUUGUCGAAUAUCCCGACAUAGCUUUCUGUCGCACUAAAGUGAGGGAACUCGACGGUCGUAUAUGUGCCGGACGGCGGGUGAAGGUGGAAAUGAACCAACUCCCCCCAGGUCGUAUUGUGCCCAGCUUCCAACCAAACACUAUCAGGAUCAGUAACCUGCCUGAUGUUGUCCCUUCCUCCAUUGUGAUUAACUUCGCACAGUCUCACUCAAUUCGUGCUCUCAAACCUCUUAGCUUCGAUGUGGAUUCAGCGAUUCGCACUCUACGGCAACAUAUCAUGCAGAUAGAAGGCAUCGAAAUGCAGUCUUUCGACAUUACCUCCCGAGGUGAUAACGAAGCUGGGGUGCUUUCAAUUCGUGCCCGAUUCAGUACGUGGGAUAACACAAAGAAGGUUCAUGAUGCUCUCCUAGACCGACGUUUCAGUUUUAUCUGCAAUUCCUUUUUUUGGCUCCGGAUUUCCCCUCAAGCACUUUACACCAUUAUCAUCCCAUCCAGACAGUACCGCGCCCAAGAAAACCUUUGGAAAGAGCUCCAGGAGAACAUCAAAGAUCGUAAAGCCUGCAACAUCAUUAUUCGUGAGCUCAACGGCGGGAACUACCGCAUCCAGGUGUCAGGGACGGUCAAGGCUGCCCUUGGUGCACUCAAAGUCCGUGUCGAAAGUUUAGCUGCUGGUGAAAAGAUCGAUCGUUGGCACGACCAUCUAGCUUUUCCUCAGGCCCCAUUAAUGCAGAGGAUCACUGAGGCAGGCGCCUUUUUACGUUCAGAUUCUCGGAAGCAGACGCUCAAGCUGUAUGGAGAGCCGAGGGCGGUAGAAAAAGCCAAAGCAAUUGUGGUGGAGGAGUUGGAACGCCUUGCGUCUCUGGAAUUUUCUGUAACAUUACGACGUCCCUCGGUUGGUUACUUUGUCCGGACUGGUCUUGCAGCGAUGAGAGAAGUUUUCGGUGAAGACAACGUGGCGCUGGAUAUUCGUUCUGCUGUCAUCACAGUAAGAGGAGGCGAGGAGGUCCGGCUCCAUCUCGACAAUCAUAUCGCCGAGUCCCUCAAGUCUGUCAAUGUGAACGUCGCUCCCGGAUCCCAUACGUGUCCCAUAUGUUACGAUGAUGUCUCGACGCCAUUUCAAUUGGUAUGCGAGCAUGUCUACUGCACAGGCUGCAUCCGCCACUUCCUCACCUCUGCCGCCGAGACUGGAAUUUUUCCACUUGUAUGCAUGGGGAAUGAAUCAACCUGCGGAACGCCCAUCUCCAUUCCUGUCAUUCAAAAGUUCCUUCCACCGACUGCCUUCAACCACCUUCUAGAAACUGUUUUCACGACGCAUGUUGACAAACGUCCGCAGGAGUUCAGGUACUGCAAGACACCGGAUUGUACACAGAUAUAUCGCAGGUCGGAAGCGAUGUCUGUUUUACGAUGCCCGUCUUGCUUUUCAGAGAUAUGUUCUUCGUGUGGUGAAGAUUCGCAUGAAAAAUUGAGCUGUGAAGAUGCUCGUAUUCAUAAUAACCCGGCAGAGCAGGAACGAAUGAGUGAAGCAUGGCUUUUGCAGCAGCGUAGUAUCAAGAAAUGUCCGACGUGCUCACGCCUCCUAGAGAAGACGGAAGGAUGCAAUCAUAUGACGUGCCCAUGCGGAGCUCAUAUUUGUUGGCGUUGCAUGGGAGCUUUCGACGCAGGUGAAAUCUACGACCAUAUGAAUACCGCGCACGGAGGUAUAUAUGGCGACGAGCCUGCUCCUGCCCCACCCCAACCUCAGGCUACUGUACCCCAGCGCCAAAACCCAGAUGUGGACGUUUUUCAAGGCAUCGAUUACCUUGAACAGGUUCGGCUUCUUAACGAGGCGCAAACUCGCCGCAUUGUGCAACAGCAAUAUGAUCGAGAGAGAAGGGAACAGGAUAGAAUUGCUACUCUUCUUGCAGCAGAGGCUGACCGGGAACGAGUAAGGUUAGAGCGAGUGGCCCAGUGGAGGAGGCAAGAGGCCGAACGGGAGCAGCAAGAAGCUGAUCGCAGGUAUCGAGAGCAGGUCAAUCGAUGGCGCACGGACCAGAAUGAGAGAACUCGACAAGCUACGCUAGGGCGACAAACUCUCUGGCAACAGCAGCCAGCCAGGCCGCAACAGCCGUCACGCUCAGAAGGCCAAGGAUCGUGGUGCGUGGUGAUGUGACUAGGGUGUGGAUUGGAGGUCACGGUGAUGUACUAUUGUUCUCGUUCCUGCUACGAAUAGGUACGACUUUGUACGGCUUGCGACUUUGUAACUGAUUCAAUGUAACCUAUCUAAUGUGUUCGGAAUAAGGUCAGACCGUGUCGUCGGUCUUUUUUAGAGAGAGAGAAUCUAUAUUUCGAAAACCGCAACCCGUAAUCUACGUACACUUGCAUAGCCUUUCACGGUCCAUCGUAGCAUACACGGAUGUCGUGGUCCCGA